AUGGCUCAAACCAGUGAAGAUUUGACCAAGGCUCAAUGGGAUCCUGUGCAUCACUUUCACCAUUGGGAAAAACCCUAUUUAGGCUAUUAUUUAAUGGAUGAUGAAUUUGUCAUUCGAAAACAUGGACAAAUGUUAGCAGAUGCCGGUGUUGAUACGCUUGUUUUUGAUGUGCCGAACGCAAUCACAUAUGAUAACAUUUGGUCAAAAAUUGGUAAUAUUUAUACUGAUAUGCGAUUGAAACAUAUUCGCACACCUCAAUUUUGUUUCAUAACUUGGUCUAGAAGUCAAGAAAAUGUUAAAAAACUCUACAGAAAUCUAUAUCAACAAAAUUUUUAUCAAAAUUUAUGUCCCGAAGUACGUAAUUUCUUUACCAUUCGAACAUCCUGGGCGUGGACACAAGGUACAGCAUGGUAUGGUGAUGGUCAACAUGAACAAACGACCGUCACUAUUAAUGACCAUCCAACAUCGAACCUCGGUCGUUCACACGACGGACUAUCACAUACACAGCCUAAUAAUCAUGAUCCAUCUAGUGAAAGAUAUUUUUCACAACAAUGGGAACGUGCAUUGCAAAUCGAUCCAUCAUUCAUUUUUAUCACAGGAUGGAAUGAAUGGAUUGCACAACGUUUCUUGCAACAAAAUCCAACAAUUCCUUUUCUCGGUAAAAAUUGGUCGGUAAACACAACAUAUUUUGUUGAUCUAUUUAGUCAAGAAUAUUCACGUGAUGCAGAACCUAUGGAAGGGGGAUAUGGCGAUAAUUAUUAUUAUCAACUAGUCGGCUAUAUUCGACGUUUCAAAGGUAUGUCGCCAAUACAAUCACCAACAUCGCCAAAAACGAUAUUGAUCAAUAAAGAUUUUCGACAAUGGCAUGGCGUUGGUCCAUUCUAUCUUGACGAUCUUUGUGACAUACCAACAUGUAAUCAUUCACGAUACGGAAAUAAAGGUGGCCACCUUAUUGAUACUUCACAGAAGAAUGAUUUAGCAGUCAUGCAAGUUGCACGUGAUGCUUCAAAUGUCUAUUUCUAUGCGCGUUCGCGUACACCCUGGUUGAACGGCAAUGCAUUCAACUGGUUAUUACUUAAUACAGAUAAUAACUAUCGGACAGGUUGGCUCGGUUUCGAUUAUCUAGUUGAUGUGGGCGCUGGUGAAUUAAAGAAAAGUAUUGAUUCUUCUGGUCAAUGGCAAUAUCAAGCUAAUGUUACAGUGGUCAAUAGUGGCGACAAUGAAUUACAUUUUGCUCUAUCACAUCGGUUGCUUAACAUCAGUGGUACUAAAAUGACUUUACAAUUCAAAUGGUUUUCAGCUGAUCGAUUGUAUACAACGAGUCCGCUCAAUUUCAUCGACAAAGGCGAUGCAGCACCGAACGGACGAUUCACUUACACGUAUUCGGCCAGCAUUUAA